AUGAGCUCGCUAAAGCAAUUUAUUCGUAAUGUUCGUGCGGCAAAGACCAUCGCGGAUGAGCGCGCGGUGAUUCAAAAGGAAAGUGCAGCUAUUCGCGCGAGCUUCCGGGAGGAGAGUCAUGACCAUGGCGUUCGCCGCAACAACGUUGCCAAAUUGCUCUAUCUCUUCACGCUCGGCGAACGAACUCAUUUUGGCCAGAUUGAGUGUCUGAAGCUACUCGCCUCUCCUCGAUUCGCGGAUAAACGUCUGGGACACCUUGCUACGAGUUUGCUCCUAGAUGAGAACCAAGAGGUUUUAACCCUAGUCACAAACUCACUAAAAAAUGAUCUUGGCCACUCGAAUCAAUACAUCGUCGGACUUGCCCUAUGCACUCUAGGCAAUAUCGCCUCUAUUGAAAUGUCGAGAGAUCUAUUUCCCGAAAUUGAGAACUUGAUAUCCACGUCAAACCCUUAUAUUCGGAGGAAGGCCGCUCUCUGCGCCAUGAGAAUCUGCCGCAAGGUCCCCGACCUACAAGAACACUUCUUGGAUAAAGCCACACAUUUGUUAGCGGACAGGAACCAUGGCGUCCUUCUCUGUGGCCUGACCCUGGUCACGAGUCUGUGUGAAGCAGACGAAGAAGAAGGAGGUGAAGAAGGCAUUGUUGACAAGUUUAGAUCGUUUGUUCCGGGUCUGGUCAAGACACUGAAAGGUCUUUCAACCUCCGGCUAUGCCCCAGAGCAUGAUGUUACUGGCAUCACGGACCCCUUCCUUCAAGUAAAGCUCCUUCGACUGCUCAGGAUUCUUGCCAUUGGCGAUCCAGAGACAAGCGAACAAAUCAAUGAUAUUCUAGCGCAAGUCGCAACCAAUACAGACUCAUCGAAGAAUGUUGGAAAUUCUAUUCUUUAUGAGGCGGUUCGUACAAUCCUAGAUAUCGAAGCAGAUUCUGGACUGAGGGUCUUGGGAGUUAAUAUCCUCGGCAAGUUUCUUGCCAACCGUGACAACAACAUCCGUUACGUUGCUCUGAACACCCUAAUAAAGGUUGUGGCCAUCGAGCCCAAUGCCGUUCAAAGACACCGUAACACAAUCCUGGAAUGUCUAAGGGAUCCAGAUAUUAGCAUACGAAGACGUGCUCUUGAUCUCAGUUUCACUCUAAUAAACGAGAGCAAUGUACGAGUCCUGAUCAGAGAGCUGCUGGCCUUCUUAGAAGUUGCAGACAACGAAUUCAAGCCAACCAUGACAAGUCAAAUUGGAAUUGCGGCGGACAAGUUUGCCCCGAACAAAAGGUGGCAUUUCGAUACCAUGCUUCGGGUGCUGUCAUUGGCGGGGAAUUACGUCAAAGAACAAAUUCUCUCGUCGUUUGUUCGGCUUAUAGCAACCACCCCGGAGCUUCAAACGUAUGCGGUACAGAAGUUAUAUGUUAACCUUAAGAAGGAUAUCACCCAGGAAAGCCUGACUCAGGCGGGCGCUUGGUGCGUUGGCGAAUAUGCCGAUGCUCUGCUCAAAGGGGGGCAGUAUGACGAGGAAGAACUCGUUCAGGAAGUCAGAGAACACGAAGUGGUAGACUUGUUUACGCUGGUAUUAAACAGCAGCUAUGCGACACAAGUCUCUACUGAAUACAUUAUUACCGCCCUGAUGAAGCUCACCACUCGCUUUUCAGAGGCUUCGCAAGUUGAGAGAAUAAGGCGGCUUCUACAAAGUCACCAAACGAGCCUCGAUGUCGAAGUACAGCAACGAGCAGUUGAGUACAGCAAUUUAUUCUCAUUUGACCAAAUUCGUCGCGGUGUCCUGGAGAAAAUGCCUCCGCCACAAAUCAAAGAGUCAUCUAGAGUUCUUGGUCCAGCGCCUACUAAGAAGGCAAAGGCUACGAAUAGGAAAUCCAGGGUACUAAAGCCAACAGAGCAGGACCUGCUCGACCUUAUGGAUGCUCCUGCUCCAACUACCUCGGGGCCAACUCAGAUUACAAACUCGGAUCUUCUGGCAGACAUUCUGGGAGGCAGCGCUUCAACACCGCCCCCGACGUCUACAUCGCCGCAUGCUCCUCAGCCAGCAAAUGUGCCCUCAAUUAUGGACUUAUUCGGGACCGAACCAAAUCAGUCAACCAGUCCGUCAGCACAAACCCCUGUGGGCCUGAACUUGAUGGGCAAUAGCUCUCCUCAGACACAGGCAUCUCAGGUUGAGCUAGGACAUCCUUGCUACAGCGCCAACGACCUGAGUGUAACCAUUCAAGUUCAAAGAAACGCAGAGGGUCUCAUCCAAGCUGUGGCGCGUUUCCAGAACUUCUCCGCAUCAACGUCACUCUCUCAUGUCGGAUUGCAAGCUGCCGUUCCCAAAUCCCAGAAACUCCAACUUCUCAACAUUUCGUCCGCAGAAUUAUAUCCUGGCGCAGAUGCCACUCAGUUGAUGAGAAUAUCUGGAUGUAAAGGGCCACUACGCCUGCGCCUCAGAAUCGGCUACGAUCAUCCCUCUGUCGGGAAAGUCUUGGAUCAAGUGAAUUGGACUGAGCCUUCGUAG